AUGCCGCUGGGAAGUCGCACCGAUUGCGGCGAUGCCCGAUUCUGCGGCGUGGAAGUGGCCUUUGCAUGCGACAUAGUCGACACGCUGCAGCGCUCGCUGCUCUGCGGCUUCGACUUUGUCCUGGCCCCCCUGGUGCAUCCCCGGUUCCGAAGAGGUCCAGACUACCCCGGUGCCUUCACGCGCUCCGACCUCCUCCUCACGGCCAGCCAAUGGAGCGGGCAGGUGGUGGGCAGCACGAGCCCCUGGAUCAACCCCGACGCGCCCCAGGACACCGCCCUGCGCUCCCAGAGCGAGGCUGCCCUGCGCCAGGAGCUGCACUGGGCGGCCCACCUGUCCCUGCAGGCCUGCAUCCUGCCAGGGGCUGGAGGCCCCAACCAGGCCCGCAUCCUGAACCAGGCCCUGCUCACCCUGACGGGCAUGGCCCUCUGGGUCAGGGUCAGGCUGGGUGGGCCCGAGGACGCGUGGGAGGAGUGGAACACUCUCCGCUUUGCCUGCGCCCACAGCACCCGACUGGGGGCUGUGCUGGAAGUGGGGGCGCAGCUGCCGUCGGAAGCCAGCCUGGCCAGAUGGAGCGGGGAGAACGUCAAGGCAAUCGUCGUGCCUACACACGCUUUCACCACCAACAAGCGUGGGUACCCUGUGCUGCCCAAGAAGCAUCAGGCCUUCCUCACAUCCAUGCUCAAGCUGGGGGUGCAGGUCGUGCUGCGAGGUGCCCCCCGCCAUACGCCCCCGGGAGGCGAUGAAUCUGAUGCUGGCUUGAAGCUUCCCAGCAACCCACUGCGGCCAUACUGGGAGUACCUGUCCUUCCUGUUCAGGAAGGGGGAAAUAGCAGCUGAGCAGCAGCCUGCAGAGCUGGCGUACCGCGACUUCCUCCAAUCUCCACUGCAGCCGCUGCAGGACAACCUGGAGAGCCAGACAUAUGAGGUGUUCGAGCGGGAUGCCACCAAGUACAACACCUACGAGGAAGCUGUGUAUUGUGCGCUCCUAGACCGAGUGCCAGCAGGGAGUGAGGAGGGCACCGCCACGGUUGUGAUGGUGGUGGGAGCCGGGCGCGGACCCAUCGUGGCGGCGUGCCUGGCUGCGGCGCAGCGUGCAAAGCGUGCCGUGCGUAUGUAUGCCGUGGAGAAAAACCCCAACGCCAUCGUCACCCUGAGCCACAGAGUCGAAACAGAAUGGCAGGGCAAGGUGACCCUCGUCCCGGCAGACAUGCGGGAGUGGCAGGCGUCCGAGCCGGCUGACAUCCUUGUCAGCGAGCUGCUGGGCUCCUUUGGCGACAACGAGCUGUCGCCAGAGUGCCUGGACGGUGCCAUGCGCUUCCUGAAACCAGGCGGAAUCUCCAUCCCCAGCUCCUACACCUCCUUUCUCCACCCGGUCACCACCCACAAGCUGUGGACUGAUGUUGCGGCCUACCGAGACACAGAGCACUUCGAGACGCCGUUUGUCGUGAAGUUCCACCGAUUCCAUACGCUGGCAGAGCCUCAGGCAAGAUGCCUGAGUGCGGUCUUCACAUUUGAGCAUCCGGGACAGCAGCCGCCAGACAACAGGCGCAGCAUCAGCCUCGUGUUCAAGGCUGCCCCACCCGGCACAACAGUGUGUCACGGGCUGGCUGGAUACUUUGACGCGAAGCUAUACAAGGACGUCCACCUCAGCAUCCGGCCCUCCACACUCACGCCGAAGAUGUUCAGCUGGUUCCCCAUCUACUUCCCCAUCAAGGAGCCAUUUGUCGUGUCGCAGGGGUCUGAGAUCAGGGUGGACAUGUGGAGGUGCGACGGCAACCACAAGGUCUGGUACGAAUGGUCGGUGUCCUGCGGCGCCCUGAGGGGAGCCAUCCACAACCCAAACGGCCGAUCCUACGCAGUGGGGCUUUGA